CGUGGACAAGCUCAAGUGACGUCUGAAGCUUGAGCUCGGGUAUUCACGCGCGCCUGCGCGACUGGUUCAACCAGACAUCCGUAGCAUCUUCGCAGGUCGUCAUUGCGUAUCGAUCGCCUUCGACGACCUGCCACCAAACUCCUGCUGCCUGCACCUUUGAAAUAAUAGUAAAAGCCUCCGACCGCCGUACAGUACCGGCACUGGCUUGACGCUACUACCAUGUUCAACCCCAACUUCUACGGCGAAGACGACCCGAUGGCUGCAUUCCAGUCCAUGCGUCGGGGCGGCCCUCGCCGCUUCGAUGAAUAUUUCCGCUGCUACCCCGUCGCCAUGCUGCCCGGGCCGGACCGCGAGGAUGCGAACCACGGCGGCAAAGUGUUCCUCCCACCCAGCGCUCUCGACAAGCUCACACGACUCCACAUCACAUACCCCAUGCUCUUCGAGCUGAUAAACGGCGCACAAGACGGCAAGAAAACACACGCCGGUGUGCUGGAGUUCAUUGCGGAGGAGGGCAAGAUCUACCUGCCAUACUGGAUAAUGCAGACGCUACUGCUCGAGCCUGGUGAUCUUCUGCAAGUCAAGUCGACCGACCUCCCCCUCGGAUCUUUCAUCAAGCUGCAGCCCCAGGACUCGUCGUUUUUGGAGAUCUCAGACCCCAAGGCCGUGCUCGAGAACGCCUUCCGCAACUUCGCCUGUCUGACCAAGGGCGACAUCUUCACAUUCUCAUACAACGACAGCGUAUACAGUGUCGCUGUGCUUGAGGCCAAGCCAGAACAUCCCAGCCAAGCCGUGUGCACGAUCGAGACGGACUUGUCUGUCGACUUCGCACCACCCGUCGGUUACAAGGAGCCAGAGAGGACGAGCGGAACCAGCACACCACGAAGCGUCAUGGCAGGCAAGGGCGGAACUCUGCAUGCCCAGGGCACCAUGGCACAGGCCAUCAACUACGCCGCGAUCGCCCCAUCAGCAACGAGCGCCGCUGCUGGCGCAAAAGCCGUCUCGUCCAACUUCAUCACCGGCGGCCACAAGCUGUCGAAGAAGGGCAGCAAGACGCCCACCCCGCAAGCCUCCACGCCGAUCGCCGGGCAGUCCUCAAACCCGCCCAAGACCGUACGGCGCACCAACGGCCCGCAGCCGCUGCGACUGCCCCCGGGCAAGCUCUUCUUCGGCUACGAGAUCAAGCCCGUCAAGGACAAGGAGGGCGCCGACGAGGGCGAGCAGAAGCAGUCGAAGCACUUCGACGGCGCCGGAAACACGCUGCGGAAGAAGAAGGGCGAUAAGUAGAGGGCGGAUAUCAUACGAUGCAUUGCAAGGCGCUGGGACUAACCGAGACGGCAUGGCGUUCUGGGAUACCUUACGAGCUGCUUAAUUCACAUAUUCGAAUGUAGAGAGUACUUGUCA